AUGGCGGCGCCGGCGACCACCACAGAUGGAGAGCAGAAGGUCUUAGCGACAGCUCAACAGAUCGUUAAAAGCCUCCACUCCUCCACCAACGUCAGCGCCGAUGACGUGAUCCUUCUUUUCUCCUCAAUCGACACUCGAUUUGCCAACCUCUCUAACCUAAUGCAAACCUCAUCCUCUUCCAAUCAAACAUCAAGCCCUAACGCCGCCGCCGCCACCGCCGCCGCCGGUUUCUCUCCGUCGAAUUCCUCUUCCCCUUCCGUUGUGGCUGGGUUGGGCGAUGACGACUCGUUCAACUCCCCCUCUAACCUUAAAGGAUUAAGUCAAUUGGAGGAAGCGGAGAAUCUGCUCCAUCGUUGGGAAUCCAAUGGUGAGGACUCCGGCGGCAUCGACGAUUACCUUCAGGUUGUGGACCAUAUCUUACAGUUGACGGAGGAUUUAAGUUUCGAGCAGCAGGGAGAAGAGGGCGGCGAUGGGGAUGUUGUUGUGGACCGAGCGGAGAAUGCCCUGCAGAUGGCUAUGGCGAGGCUGGAGGAUGAGUUCCGUCAUGUCCUAAUUCGUAAUGUGGUACCUUUUAAUAUUGAGCGCAUUGGGGGCUCCUUGAUCCGCCGUUCAUCCCUCUCCUCCGCCUCCUCGGCAGAUGGCCUCAUCCAUCAGAUACCGGAUUUUGACUCAGCCAGCUUUGCCGAUCCCGUUGAGGAAAUCAGCGGCAGGUAUCAUCGACAUGUAGCGGGGGCAAGUCUAGGGGGUGAAGAUGUAUUUAUUGAUUUGGUAAGUCCUGAUGCUAUAAAUGAUUUGAAAGGAAUUGCUAGUCGAAUGAUUCGUGCAGGAUAUGAGAAAGAAUGCUGCCAGGUCUACUCAAGUGUGCGCCGGGAUGUUUUGGAUGAAUGUAUGAACAUUCUUGAGGUGGAAAAGCAUAGUAUUGAGGACGUUCACGGCAUGAAUUGGGAGUCCUUGAAUCAGAAAAUGAAGAAUUGGAUUCGUGCCCUGAAAAUUGUGGUUAGAGUUUUACUACCUAGUGAAAAGCUUCUUUGUGAGGAUAUAUUUUCUGGAGCUGAUGUGAUUGAAGAUGUUUGUUUCAUUGAGGCUACUAAAGGGUGUGUGAUGCAGCUGUUGAAUUUCGGCGAAGCAGUGGCCAUUGGUAUACGUUCUGCAGAGAAAUUGUUUCGAUUUCUUGAUAUGUACGAUGCUCUGUCGGAUGUUUUCCCCGAUUUGCAGGAACUCUUUAAUGAUAAAGAAGCUGGUGAUAUGGUGUGCACUGAAGCUCAAGGUGUUCUAGAUAAUCUAGCAGAGGCUGCCAUUGGGACGUGUUUGGAGUUUGAGAAUGCAGUUAAGGGUGAGACAUCCAGGAGGCCAAUACAAAAUGGUGACAUUCACCCUUUGACUCGAUAUGUGAUGAAUUAUGUAUAUUUUCUUGUCGAUUAUAGCAGUAUAUUUAACCGGUUGUUGGAGAACACGAGGGUGGCACUGGAGUCUGAGGAUGCUAAGGGAAAAGAUACUGAUAAUUUGGAGUCUGAAGACAUAAGCCCAAUAGCACAGCGCAUACUGUCCAUAAUAAAGACUUUGGAAACCAAUCUUGAAGAGAAGGCCAGAUUGUACGAAGAUGGUGGACUGCAAUAUGUGUUUCUGAUGAAUAAUAUACUUUACAUAGUUCAGAAAGUAAAGGCCUCAGAACUUAAGAAUCUUUUGGGUGAUAACUGGAUACGCAGAAGGCGGGGUCAGGUUAGGCAGUAUGCAACAAGUUAUCUUAGAGCUUCUUGGACCAAGGUGUUGUCUUUUUUGAAGGAUGAAGGGAUUGGCGGAAGCGGAAGUAAUGCAUCCAAAGUUGUUUUAAAAGAGAGAUUUAAAAACUUCAAUGCUUGUUUUGAAGAAAUAUACCGAAUCCAGACAGCUUGGAAGGUCCCAGAUUUGCAACUUCGGGAUGAGCUUAAGAUAUCCAUUUCAGAGAAGUUAAUUCCAGCAUAUCGUUCCUUUCUUGGGAGGUUCGGCAGUCAUUUAGAAAGCGGCAAACAUGCUGGGAAAUACAUUAAGUACAGUGCUGAAGAUUUGGAAGCUUACUUAUCUGAGCCUGAUCUAUUUGAAGGAGUACCUAAAGUUCUGCACCACAUGAGAAGGAAAAGCAGUUCACUACAAAAGGCCACCCCCAGGCCCAAACCUGUGAGCUCCUACACAGAACCCGCAGAUGAAUGGAAUAUUCUCGCCGCUUUGACCAGAUUUGGAAUUUGGGAUCGAUGGCUUUCUAAGUUCCUGGAAGAAAGUGUCCAUACAGGAGAUGAGACAUAUUCGGACGCUGGCUCUAUUUCAAAAGGAAAGGAACAUGCAUUCAACUUUGACAAAAUGGAUAUUGACUUUAACCUCCCCGGUGUUUUACGUAAAAUUCCUUCAUUCAAUUCGGAUAUCCCCGAUAUUGAUAUCUUUUCUCGAGUUGUAAAAGAUGGUGAGGAAAGAUCUAAGGAAUCUACUUCUGGAACUACUCAUGAGACAGCCAAUGGCUCUGAUUUUACAUAUAAUUUCAAUGACUUGGAUGUUUUCAAUUUCAAAGAUACCUCAAAGAAGGAAGGUAUAAUAGGUAAAGGAGAUGAAACUAAGGAAGAAUAUUUGAACAAAUUGUUAGCCCAGGAGUCCAAGGACUGCCUAGUGGAAGAUGGUGAUGGACAUCAGCAUGAAUCAUGUAAUUUACAAGUAUGUGGGACUGUGAUAAGUUCUGAUGUUGAUAUGCAAGCAGACACAGGUAGCCGUCCUGACUUGUCAACUGCAGAUUCACCUCAUAGACCAGUGAAAGGACAUGAGGGCCAUCUGAGGUCCGAAGCUGGAACAAAUGAAAGAGCAACAUAUGAAGCACUGACUGAGAAGAGGGGAUCAAGUAAGUGUCAAGAAUUAGAGUGCCAACUAGACAAAUCAAUGUCUCCAGAAUCUCUUCCACAGGAAGUCCCUGUUGCAAAUGAAAGUGUAGUGAACAAAUCAGUUCACUCUGUACUGAGAAAUGAAUUGUGUCGAGACACUGUUCCUGAGGGAUUGGAGCAAGUUGGUACUAAGGAUCCAGAAGCAUUCACUCUGGAACGUAGUGCUAAGACACUCAUUGCUGAUUCAGGCUCUAACUCUGAAAUUCCUGCUUGGAGUGGUUCUUUUGUCCACACAACUACUAUCACAGAGGAAAAGGAAACAGGGCCUCAAGGUCAGAGUGAUAUGGAAGCUUUAGUGGCCAUUAAAGAGGUGCACGAGCUUGCUCAGAGUCGAAGAAAGGACGAAAAAUUCUUGUCUGAUAAUUGCUCAGCAAAAUUGGAUCCUCAAAAGCAAGAUAAUGUGAAGAAUCUGGAUGUGAUGGAGCUUUCAAGCACUUUGAACUGUAAUAAUGUGUGGCUACUGCUUGCUACCUUGAAAAGAGGAUACUUUAACCUUCAUGGUGUUUUACGUAAAAUUCCUUCAUUCAACUCGGAGAUCCCCGAUAUUGAUAUCUUUUCUCGAGUUGUAAAAGAUGGUGAGGAAAGAUCCAAGGAAUCUUCUUCUGGAACUACUCAGGAGAAAGCCAAUGGCUUUGAUUUGACAUUUAAUCUUAAUGACUUGGAUGUUUUCAAUUUCAAAGCUAUCUCAAAGAAAGAAUGUCUAAUAGGUAAAGGAGGUGAAGCUAAGGAAGAAGAUCAUUUGAAACAAUUGUUUGCCCAGGAGUCCAGGGACUGCCUAGUGGAAGAUGGUGUUGACAUGCAAGGGGACACAGGUAGCAAUCCUGACUUGUCAACUCCAGAUUCACCUUAUAGAGUAGUGAAAGGACAUGGGAGCCAUCUGGAGUCUGAAGCCGCAAUAAAUGAAGGAGCAAUAGAUGAAGCACUAACUGACAAGAGGGGAUCAGGCAAAUGUCAAGAAUUAGAAUGCCAACUAGACAAAUCUGAUAAUGGCUCACCAGAAUUGGUUCUUCAGAAGCAAGAGAAUGUGAAGAAUCCAGAUCUAUUGGAGCUUUCAAGUACUUUGAACCGUAAUCAAGUGGAGGUGGGCUCUGUUUGCGAGACAGAUGGCUUUGACUUAGCGUGCAAACUUGAGGAAUUUAAUUCUGCUCAUAUGCCAAAGACCGAAUCAGGAUCAACAACGUUAGCUUUUAUAUUCUCAACUGGUAUAAUGGUUGCUGCUGAUACCCUGGUUUCAGGCAAAAAAGGACCAUCUAAGAGUAAAAGGGUUGAUAAAAUUGGUCAUCUUGACACAUACAUGCUUGCUACAAUAGUUGGAUCUGAGAUACAUAGAAGACAUACGAUUGAUUUAUUGAAGGAGGUAGAAGAAGCUAAGAAGAAGCAUUUAGUAACUCCUGAAUGGGCAGCAAAGCGGCUUUCACAUUAUCUUUCUUCAACAAAAUCAGACACAGUGAAGCAGCUAUCGGCAAGAUUCAUGGUGCUAGGGUACGAUACAACUACAGAUCAAAAGAUCCCUCAGAUAUAUGUGAUCGACCAAACAGGGGUGAUCUGGCAAACAAACUGUUUUGCCACUGGAUCUGGCUCAGUUUCAGCACUUCAGGUUCUGUUUCCGGAGUGGAGGUUCAACAUGGAUAUCUGCGACGCUGUUGAUUUGACCAUGAGGGGGAUUUGCAGUGCUUCAAUUUGGGAUAGAAGUACUGGGGCACACUUGUCUGUUAGCAUGGUCAGCAGCAAAGGACAUUGA